CUGAACGGCGCGGCGCUGGAUGUGGCUUGCGGGACGGGAGACUUUGCGUUCGAUGUUGCUCGCAAACCGAAUGUCGAGCACGUGGUGGGGCUGGACUUCGUGCCGGAGAUGCUCACGCUUGCUAAGGGCAAGGCGGCGCGGCAGGGUCUGGGCGCGCAUACGACCUUUGCUGUGGGGGAUGCGCAUGCGCUGCCGUUCGUGGACGAUAGCUUCGUGUGCGUCACUGUGGGCUUUGGCGUGCGGAACUUCAUUGAUGUGCCGCGCGCGCUGAGCGAGAUGGCGCGGGUGGUGCAGCCGGGCGGUCGCGUGGUGGUGCUGGAAAUCGUGCGCAUGGAGGGCAGGGGGCCGCAUAAUCGCCUGUGCCGUGGUGCUUUCAAAGGGUCGCGCCGCUGCUUGGCGCGGCGUUGGCAGGGAACAGCGAGGCAUACUCGUACCUGCCGCAGUCCGUUGACGAGUUCCUGA